ACAAAAUGUCGGAAAAAAUGGCGUCCCUUGCCAAGUGACGCUUGGAAAUUGAAAUUCUUUCUUUUUCAGUAAAUUGGUGAUAAAUACGUAUUAAACUCAUUAAAUACAUCGGAGUCCAGGUUGGACGUGUUAUGGCAACACCGAAUAGUUACAAACAAAACGCAUCAAUGUCGAUGCCAAGUCCCCAGAGCAAUCCGCACUACAUGAUUGCGGGGCCCCCAAUGAGUUUCGGUAUGAUGAAAGGCGGGUUGAAUGCACCGCCCCACCAUAACCAAUACGGUUACCACCCGCCAUACCAGGGGGGUCCGAUGGGCCACCCGGGUGGGUACGGGUGGUCGCAGAGCCCGCAACCGCCCCGUUUCGGUGCAGAGGGCGCCCGUCGGACUCCGGGCGGCUCGGGCGGCGGUCAGGCCUCGCAGGCCGGGAAGGACGAUAAGACCAGCCCGUUCGUAUCCACGUUGCAUUCGCACCCUGGAUUUCAGCCGCAGAAGAUCGGGAAGGGCGCUGGUGCGGGCGCCGGCCUGCCCAAGCCGCCGAAGCCGCCAGAAAAACCCCUAAUGCCAUACAUGCGGUACUCCCGCCGAGUCUGGGACAGCGUGAAGGCAGCUCAUCCAGACCUGAAGCUGUGGGAGAUUGGCCGCAUCAUUGGAGGCAUGUGGAGAGACUUGCCAGAGUCGGAGAAAGCAGGAUUUGUAGACGAAUACGAGGCUGAGAAGUCGGAGUACGAAAAGAGCCUCAAAACGUACCACAAUUCGCCCGCGUACCUGGCGUAUAUUGCGGCGAAAAAUAAGGCAGUAGCAGUAGGCAACCUGGAGGAGGAGAGCUCAAGCAAGAAAGGCAGCUCGCAGAAGGAGCAGCAGCAACAGGACAGAAGGAUUGAUAUACAGCCAGCUGAGGAUGAAGAAGACCAAGACGAGGGCCUAUCAGUGAAGCACGUGGCCUACGCGCGCUACCUCCGCAACCACCGACUUAUCAACGAGAUAUUCUCCGAUACCGUCGUGCCUGACGUGCGAUCCGUCGUCACCACCGCCCGGAUGCAGAUAUUGAAGAAGCAAGUGCAAUCUCUAACGAUGCACCAGAAGAAAUUGGAGGAUGAGUUGCAGCAAAUAGAAGAGAAGUUCGAGGCCAAGAAACGCAAGUUCAUUGAGAGCAGCGAGACCUUCCAGGAAGAACUGAAGAAGCACUGCAAGCCGGCCGUAGACGAAGAGACGUUCUCGCGAAUGGUGGAGCGCGCCUUAGAGCAAAUGCGGCGCGGCGUCAACCCGGCCGCCCACCCGCUCACGCUUAACCAGGCUGAAAGGAAAGACGAACCAAUGGAACAAGAGCCGACGCCGAUCAAGACGGAAACAAACGGGCCCAACCCGCCGACACAAGUCGAUGCCGUGUCCACCACCGAGCCCAAGCCCGACGGCUCCACCACCGAGCUGCAGCCCGACCCCAAGCCCGAGCCCGAGCCGCAGGAAGGUGUCAAAGAGGAGAGCAAGCCCGACAAACCGGAGGGCAAGGAGGCGCCGCCCGCGCCGGCGCAUCCGCCGCACCCGCCGCAUAUCACGUCUCCGCCGCACCACCCGAUGAUGAUGCCGCCGAACCCCAACGCGCCGGCGCACCCCGGCCCGCCGCACGGCGCUCCGCCCCCGCCGCCAGGCGGUUACGGCGGCGCGUACGGCGGGCGCUACUACGGCGGCUACGCCGGCUUCCCCGCCGGCUACGGGCCGCCGCACGCGUACUACGCCGCCGCGCCCGCGCCCGACCACUACCUGCCGCACCAUCUGCCGCACCAUCCGCACCACCCGCACCACGAGACCAAACAGGAUGAGCCACCAGCCAAGAAGGAGGCCGAAUGAUUGUCACCCAAACGCGUCGUCAAGCGACGGCGCAAGUCCUCUUCGAAGGACGCCCAGUGAGCAGCCUUCUUACACUCGCCUAUACCGCCUGUAGGGUGUACUGGCCGCGUUAUAGUCAAAACUCUAAACUCUACCUAGUUACUACUAAAGCAGGGAUGGCGAACCUUUAUGUCUCAACGUGCCACUUUUCAGAAAAAAAUGUUUGAUGUAGUCAUCAUAGACGUGCCAUCAAAUAACACCUAAUGCUAUCAAUGAGGAGUAUAGUACAAGUGGCGCCACUGGCGAGUGACAAGGCCUUACCACAGCCUUACUUUACAGUGGCACUAACGGACGACUUAUUUACUAUUUUAUUUUAUAGUGAAUUUUGUGAUUGGUGGCGUGCCCUCAAUAUUGUGGCGCGUGCCAUCGAUGGCACGCGUGCCAUUGGUUCGCCAUCCCUGUACUAAAGGCUGAUUUACACGUAUUAAGUAGACAAGUAGGUAACUAAAUUUUAACCUGAUUUUUCUGUCAAGUUGGUGGGCGGGGCUUGUCACUUGACACGUUUUGACAAGCAGUUUCAUAGUAAACAUAUAAACCCUGUAACUUUGUCAAAGCUGUUUACGUGACAUUAGCCAAAUCAUGGUUCUCAAAACCAAGUCGUUGCCAAAAUAAAAGAAGAAGACCUUUGGAAUUACGAGCAAUUUGAUCACUUAUAAUUAAGUUAAGUAUUACUUAGUACGUGUAAAUCAGCCUUUAUAGACCUCAGUUACACUACUCGCUAAGUUGACCGAAGUAAGAUAGUGUAGACACGCCCUUCGAGCAACUUCGCCUCGCCCGCCUUCCGUUUAUUGUCGGUUGAAGCGUUCCGAAAUUGAAUACGAAGCGACUAUACUACCCGGACCCAGCUAACUACAGUACUUCGUCGGAGCUAGUAGGGUAGCUGUGGUACAGUCAGCCAAAUAGUUCGUGACACCCAAAGUGGCCAAAAAGUUCGCAACACAUCUUUGUUGGAAAUGGAAGGCUGUGUUCUCAACUUUUUGUCCACUUUGGGUGUCACGUACUAUUUGACGCUGACUGUAUUAGGAUUGGAGCUCGCAGAUGACUAGUUUUGUCUAAGACCCGGUUCCGUGCUGAUCUUCUAAUCGAGUAUGUACUUUUCUUACUAAAUUCAUCCUUCAAGAUGAGGAUGC